AGAUGGGAGGAGAAUAAAAAAACAGUUAGACUGUACAGAAAGAGACAGGAACUGUUCAAACUCAUUCCAGAAAGAGAGACGGGCAAACGCAGCCCUGGAUGGAUUAACAGAUGGGUUAAUCGAAAGAUUUUCACACACCCACCAAGUGCUUCUCACAGUACAGUGGCACCGUCUGAAAGCCUUGAACGGGGAAAGUUAAGAGCUUCACAUUCUUCAACAAGCUAGCGUUCUUAUGACCGGAGAGCACGGGAUUAUUCCUAGCUUUGAGUUUGGAAUCACAUUUAACAUUGGAAUAGAUGGAACAAAAUAAAAAGAAAGAAAUCCGUGAAAAGCUGUGGAUUGUUGCAUUAUAAAUGUAUUGACAACCUUUAUCGCUAAGUGCCGUUCACUUAAAGACAUCAGAAUAUGCUGGACGGUUUUAAAAUGGAAGAAGGCACGUCAAAUCAAACAUCUCUUUCAUCAUUACUUGAUAUAAAUCAGAAAGCUGCGUGUGAAGGCUGCCAGAGAGUGAUCUAUGAUAAAUUUCUGCUGAGAGUUAAUGACAGUUUCUGGCACGAACAAUGUGUUCAUUGUACAGCUUGCAGAGAACCACUAAAAAACACCUGUUUUCUUAGAGAGAAAAAGCUUUACUGCAAACACGACUACGAAAAAUUGUUUGCAGUGAAGUGCAAUGCUUGUUUGGAGCUGAUCACCCCUGCAGAGUUUGUGAUGCGGGCACAAAAGAGUGUGUAUCACCUGCACUGCUUCUGCUGUUGUGUGUGUGAGCGGCGGCUGCAGAAAGGAGACGAGUUUUUGCUGAAGGAGGGGCAGCUGUUGUGCAGGAGUGACUAUGAGAAGGAACGAGAGCUACUGAGUCUUGUCAGCCCAGCAGCUUCUGACUCGGAUAAAAUUGAAGAGGAGGAGAACACUGGGAAGCCUGGCAAUGCAGGGAAAGGAGGGGAAGACAGAGAUCACAAACGACCAAAACGCCCACGAACUAUCCUUACAACCCAGCAGAGACGGGCGUUCAAAGCUUCUUUUGAGGUCUCCUCUAAACCUUGCAGAAAGGUAAGAGAGUCACUGGCAGCUGAUACAGGACUAAGCGUUCGAGUGGUACAAGUUUGGUUUCAAAAUCAAAGGGCGAAGAUUAAGAAACUCGCCAGACGGCAACAGCAACAACAGCAGCAGCAGCAAGAUCCCUACAACCCCCAAAGACUGCAUUCAGUGUCAACGAUGGAUGGUAUCAAUCCUGACCUAGAUGGUAUGCACCCAUAUUCACGUCUGCACCAGCAACAGAUUACAGCUAUGGAACAGGCCUUAUACAAAGUGGACCCUUUUCGUCAGGGACUAACGCCACCACAAAUGCCUGGGGAUCACAUGCUCCCAUAUGAUAACGAAUCCCUGUUCAAUGAAAUAGACAGCGACACGUCAGUCAGUAACCUGGGAGAUUGUCUUCUCUCUGCAUCUGAAGCUGGACCAGGACUGCUGAAUCCCAUUGACCGGCUCUACUCCAUGCAGGACUCUUAUUUUGCCUCAUGAGCUCUUCAUUAGAAGCAUUUCUCAAGACCGACCCAAAACCUACAGAAUGUGAAUACUUUUAAUGAUUAGAUUUACAUCCAGGCUUUACAGUAUCAGAAUGUAAUUGUGCAGUACAAGAUCUGAAAUUGCUAUUUAUCUUUCAUGUUAUUUAUUAUAUGGAGAAUCAUAUUGGAUAUAAAUGUAAUAAUGUUAUAUUGCCUGGAGUGCAAUACAAACCAUUGCAGUGCAAUAGUGUUGUUGCCUAAAUGUUAAAUUACAACAUCUUAAAAUACUUUAACAAAGAAUGCAUCUUUUUUCAUAAACCAACAUGUUUACUUUAUGAGUUACAGCACAGAAAACAUAGCUAUCUUCUAAUAUGCACCGGAUGUUAUACUAUUUAUGCACUUGUAAAGUAAAUUAACUAUAUGUUUAACUUAAUUGACAUUAGUAUUAAGCCACCAUAAAAUUCAAUAGGUGUAGAAAACAUACAUGAACUUCUUGGAGUCCUUGACUCUGAAUAUAUUCCUCGUGGUAUUGUGAAACUAUAGUGUGCACAGGCAUCCAUUAUAAAAACAUUUUAUAAAAAUCCCAAUCGCAGAAUCAAAAUCUGUGAGGAGAGGAACACAUCCAUAUAAAUAAAAAGGAAUAGAUGUGCUCCUUACAUUCCACUGAAAUUCAUGAGAAUAUUUUUGGUGUAACCCAAAAAUGUAUAUUAAAUACAAACAAUUCUAUCUGAUAUAUAAAUAUGGAACAGUAUUCCAUUUGAAACCAGAUAGCUAUUUUAAAGUAUUAAGAGGGUGUCUUAUUGAAUGAGGUUUUCUGAAGCAGUUCUGAGAGUCAGGUGACCUUUUAACAGCAGGCAAAGGAUGUCUUGUGCUGAAACCUGUACAGCAGGUGGCUGCUAAGAUGACAUCAGAGGCAGUCUGAAUAGAGCUAAAAAAGAAAGAGUCAGUCACAGUUGGAGAGUCACUAUUGGAUCAGGCCCUGUCAUUCAAAGUAACUUAAAACCAAUUCAAUAAUGUAGCGAGCAACAGCGUGUGACAAGUGUUCAGGCAGAAAGAUGUGAGGAUGCUGUCAAAAGCUGAGGCCUGGACAGGAAGAACAAUGGUAGGAGUCUGUGCUGGUACUGAGGUUAUUUUAAAAAAAAAGGAGCUUGGAAAUUAAUAAGAAAAACGGUUUAGUGACCUACCAAAUCUGACUUUUAAAAGGCAUUUUUAAGUGACCAUCAUCUUUCAAUUCCUUUCAGAAGAAGUUUGCUUUCUCUAUUUCAACUUCCAGUAGUGUUAUGAAAUGUAAAUAUGGAAAUGUGUACGUGUGUGUGUGUGUGUGUGCGUGCGCGUGUGUCUGUCAGAUUCCAUGGUAGUUGCUUGGUUAAACACACCCAUUAUAAUACCAAUCGAGCAUUAUCACUGAAUGUUCUGUACAGAACAAAAUGUUGUUGUGUAUAGUAUGUCUUGAGAUAUGUGGCAAAAUUAAAACACAAUUCUAAAUAAAAAAUGUCUCCUGUGUAUUGUUUACAUUCAUUGUGUAUAUAUUUCCGUGGUGGUGGUGGGAGGGGGGGCGCUAUGAUGCGCUACGGUCGCUACAUUACAAUCUAAUGGGAUACAAUUGACAAAAGAAAGC